GUUGCAUUUCCUCUGGUCGCUACUCCACAACAAGGCAUCGUAUACCACCGUAUUUGUCUCUCUCAUUCUGAGGAAGAUUAUCGACGACGAUAUUCCAAUGUGGUAGAUGAACUACAGCAUCCUUUGCUUCUUGAUACAGAAAUUUUAGAUGAUACAUAAAUAAUUGCAAGACUAGCAACAAAGGCUUACAUUAUUUCAGGGACAAUUGUGAUUAGAAUAUUUUGGAUCUGAUGAAUAAUUACCUCCAAUGGCUAGAUGAAACUUUUUCAUUAAAAUCAUGAGUUCAAUUAAAUGCAUUGAACAUUGGUUGUCUUGUCUAGUUGGACAUUUAAUCUAUACUUGAUGAGUAUCUCAAGGCCAUGCUAAAAGGGGUACAGCUGAACUGAGGCCGAAAAAACAAUGGAUCCCCUGCAAGAAGUACGUCAGCUGGAAUUGCUGUGCAAGCAGCUUUAUGAGUCUCAGGAUUCGGCACAUCGUGCAGAAGCAGAAAAAGCACUGGUCAUUUUUCAGAAUGCCCCAGAUACACUUACCAAGUGCCAGAUGCUACUAGAUCGUGGAGAUUCAGCUUAUGCACAGUUAUUGGCUGCGACUACUCUUACUAAAUUAGUUUCUCGAUCUGCUCAGGGAUUGAGUUUACAGCAAAGACUUGAUAUAAGAAAUUAUGUUCUAAAUUAUUUAGCAACACAACCGAAACUGCCCAACUUUGUUAUCCAAGCAUUGGUUACACUAUUUUCUCGUAUAUCAAAACUUGGGUGGUUUGAUUCAGACAAGGAUGAGUUUGUUUUUAGGAAUGUAGUCAGUGAUGUUUCCAAGUUUCUGCAGGGAUCAGUCGAGCAUUGCAUGAUAGGAGUGCAAUUACUUUCCCAGUUAACUUGUGAGAUGAACCAAAUAUCAGAAGCUGAUGCCAACAGAUCUCUAACGAAACACCGGAAAAUAGCCAGUAGUUUCAGAGACACGCAACUGUUUGAAAUAUUCAGAUUAUCGUGUUCAUUAUUGGGUACUGCGCGUGAAAAUUGUAAAAAUUUAAAUUUCAAUGACGAAGCUCAGCAUGGAUUAAUGACUCAACUCUUACGACUAGCACAAAAUUGUUUGACAUUUGAUUUUAUUGGUACCUCAACUGAUGAGAGUUCGGAUGACUUAUGCACCGUACAAAUUCCGACGAGUUGGCGACCUGCAUUUCUCGAUUUUUCCACUCUGAAAUUAUUUUUUGACCUCUACCAUAGUCUCCCGAAUUCACUAUCUUCACUUGCACUUUCCUGUUUGGUUCAAAUUGCCUCCGUAAGACGCAGUUUGUUUUCAAAUACUGAAAGGGCCAAGUUCCUAACUCAUCUAGUUAAUGGCGUUAAGCAUACACUGCAGAAUCCGCAAGGGCUAAGUGAUCCUGGAAAUUAUCACGAGUUCUGUAGAUUACUUGCUCGUUUGAAGAGCAACUAUCAACUCGGUGAAUUGGUGAUGGUUGAAAAUUACCCAGAGGCCAUUCAGCUUAUUGCGAAGUUUACAGUGCAAAGCUUACAGAUGUGGCAGUUCGCGCCUAACAGCGUGCACUAUUUGCUAAGCCUAUGGCAGCGAAUGGUCGCCUCUGUGCCUUAUGUCAAAGCAACUGAACCUCACCUUCUUGAGACAUACACUCCAGAAGUUUCCAAUGCCUACAUCACUUCGAGAUUGGAAUCUGUUGCAGUAGUAGUGAGAGAAGGUUUGGAGGAUCCUUUGGAUGAUUUGGGAAUGGUCCAGCAACAGUUGGAACAACUUUCUGUUAUUGGUAGAUGCGAGUAUCAGAAAACUUGUACCCUCCUUGUUCAACUGUUCGAUCAAGCUGCGAGAACUUAUCAAGAGUUACUUGCACAGUCUGGUACACCAACCCAGCAGAUGGACAUUCUCGUUCAGGAAGGGCGGCUCACUUGGCUUGUUUACAUCAUUGGAAGUGCUAUAGGUGGCCGAGUAUCCUUUAACAGUAACGAAGAACAUGACGCAAUGGAUGGUGAACUGGUCUGUCGAGUUCUUCAACUGAUGAACUUGACUGACUCAAGAUUAGCACAGGGUGGUUGUGAGAAGCUCGAGUUGGCCAUGUUGAGCUUUUUUGAACAGUUUCGCAAAAUUUAUGUGGGCGAUCAAGUACAAAAAAAUUCCAAAGUGUAUAGGCGAUUGUCUGACGUUUUGGGUUUGAGUGAUGAAGCUAUGGUUCUUAGUGUGUUUAUUAGAAAGAUAAUAACAAAUUUGAAGUAUUGGGGAAGAAGUGAACAAAUUAUUUCAAAGACUUUGCAGUUAUUAAGUGAUUUAUCUGUUGGUUACACUUGCGUUCGUAAACUUGUUAAAUUGGAAGAAGUUCAGUUCAUGUUAAAUAAUCAUACGAGUGAACAUUUUCCAUUUUUGGGUAACAGUGCGGCUGUGACAGAAAUGCGUUGUAGAUCAAUGUUCUAUACAUCACUGGGUAGAUUGCUUAUGGUGGAUUUGGGCGAAGAUGAAGAAAGGUUUCAUACAUUCAUGCUCCCUUUGACAGCUGCUUUUGAGAGUUUGGGUCAGUUAAUGGGAGCAGCUGACACGCCACUAUUCGCUGCUGAGGAAGCAAAGAAAGCAUUAAUUGGUUUAGCAAGGGACCUUAGAGGAUUGGCAUACGCUUUCAAUACUAAAACUUCUUAUAUGAUGUUAUUUGAUUGGAUAUAUCCAAAUUACACUCCGAUCUUAUUACACGCGAUCGAGCUUUGGUAUCACGAGCCACAAGUGACAACACCAGUGUUGAAAUUAUUCGCGGAAUUAGUACAGAACCGCAGUCAACGUUUACAGUUUGACGUGUCGUCUCCAAGUGGAAUUUUACUUUUUCGCGAGGCGAGCAAAGUGAUAUGCAGCUAUGGCAAUCGCAUACUCAACAUCGAGGUGUCCAAAGAUCAAAUUUAUCCACUGAAGCUUAAAGGUAUCAGUAUAUGUUUCAGUAUGCUGAAAGCUGCAUUGUGUGGCAGCUACGUCAACUUCGGUGUGUUUAGGCUCUACGGUGAUGAGGCACUCGACAACGCUCUGAACACUUUUGUAAAAUUGCUGCUCAGCAUAUCGCAAAGUGAUCUCUUGGAUUAUCCAAAACUGUCCGUAACAUAUUACGCUCUGUUGGAGUGUCUGGCGCAGGACCACAUGGCCUUCCUCUCGACCCUUGAGCCUAGGGUAUUUUUGUACAUUUUGUCGAGCAUCAGCGAGGGCCUCACAGCACUAGGUGCGCUUAAAGACUCCUACACAGAUACGAUGAUUUGUAAUGGCUGUUGCGUAACUCUAGAUCAUAUUGUAACUUACUUAUUUAAGCAACUGUAUCAGAAAGCUGGCAUGUAUCCCGGUAAAAAGAAUUCCGUUGUGCAAAGUGGCGGAGAUUUGUUUUUACAAGUUCUCAAACAGCAUCCCGAAAUACUGCAGCAGAUAUUAAGUACUGUUUUAAAUGUGAUAAUGUUCGAGGAUUGCAGAAACCAGUGGAGCAUGUCGAGGCCACUUUUGGGCCUUAUACUUUUGAAUGAAGAGUAUUUUAAUCAAUUGAGAGAAAAUAUUAUUAGAAGUCAAUCAGUAGAUAAACAAGCUUCAAUGGCGCAGUGGUUCGAAAAUCUCAUGGACGGUAUUGAAAGGAAUUUACUUACAAAAAAUAGAGACAGAUUUACGCAAAAUCUGUCAAUGUUUCGGAGAGAUAUAAACGAUUCGUUAAAAGGGCCCAGCAUGAACUCGACCAAUUCGGGCAGUGACAUGAUGACAUCGUAGUGACAUUGCUGGUUUUUCCUACCAGAUGCCGAUGUCAAAACUUUUAGGCUCCUUGCCUACCAAAAUGCUUGAAUGUAUGAGAGGGAGAGAGAGGAUUGGAGAGGGAGAGUAGGAAAGAAAUGUAAACAAGAGUGAGAAUGCCAUUAUUGAAACACAUGAACAAACAAACAAAGCCCGACUAUGGUUAUUAUAGAUACAAAAAAUAACAAAUUAUGAUUGAAAUAAGUAUAAAGAUUUUAAAUGAAGACUGCCGCUCGACUUCCGAUUCAUCACAUAGCACUGUCCUUGUACACUCCUCUGUUCGAUAAGAACUUCGGAAAAAUUGAUUUUCCUUUAAAUUUCGUCAGGGUUAUUGAUUUCUAUCUGGGAAACAUCGUGAAUAAAUGAAGUUUAAAACAUCACCUACGUUAAUUGAUCAUUCUUCAGUGAAGUUUCUCAACUAGAUAAUCAAGAGUUAAAUAAAAGAAGUAAUAAAUAUUGCAAUUUCAUGUCAACAAAUACAACAAUCACUUUAAUGAAAGAAACUAUUUUUUGAAAAUAAUAGAGAAAUAAAAAAGCAAUAGAACUUCUUUAGACUAGUUUAAACAAGAUUAUUAACUAUCAUCUUUUUAAUACCGUCAAGAGAGUGACUUUCCUAAUUAAAAUGUUAUCGUUCAAUUAGUCGUAUUAUAAAAUACGUAAAACUGGAGCUUUGAAAUCUUUUGACCAUAGUUUACUGUUCAGUCAAAUUAAUGUGGCCAAUAUAAAUUGUACAUUAAAAAAAAUUUUCGAAGUGUGAAUCGGGUAAAAAUUGUGAGCAAUGUUAAUUCAUAAAAUCUGAAUGAUGCUUUUCUAUAAUACAUGACUUCGUUCGACUAUAGUUUUUCUCGUAAAAUGUUUGUUCAACGUUGCAAUAAGCUAUAUGAAUUUAGCAUAUGCAUUUUUCCACUGUGACAAAUAGAAUGAUAAAUUCACUACUUUGUAUUGACUGGUAACAUGUCUCAAUUCUUAAAAUUUUAAUUUUUAUUUACAUUCGAUAAAACUGUGAAUUUAAGAUCAGAAAAAAGUUUUUCGUAACCGAAAAGAAUAUGAUGUUAAAAUUAUAAGUUCACAUGGAUAAAUCAUCAUGUUCUACUAAUGUUGUUUUAAUUAUUUCAUUUGUGCAUAUGAAUCAAUGGGAAAAAAAUAAAAUCAAGUGACAAAACUUGCGCGCUGUUUUUCGACCUUUAUAUUUUUGUAUCAUAAUGCGUACGUUAUGUGUACUUGUGAUUUGUGUUUGAAUAUCGCGAAGUGCCGUCAAACUUGCCUUUUUUCAUGAUCGCUUAGAAGCAACAAUACCGAGAGUGCGUGGAUUUCUUUUGAUUGGCAGAACUAUUUGAAAGCUGUAUACCAUAUCUUCGUAAAAAAUAUACUGGCACAAGUGGAUAUUUUUUAUGUGCAGUUGUAUGAAGAAUAUAAUUAUUUUUCCUAGUGAUUGACAAUAUUUGAUUCAUUUGCUUUUGAAUGAAUAUUGAAUUUUGUUAUGUCAGUAUAUACGUCUUCUAUAAUUAAUUUGAUAAUUAUCUUUUACAUUGCAAAUAUUUUCAGAGUUACAAUCAGUCGCCAAUACUGACGUAGCAAGCUUUGUUUGGAUCAUGAAUUUAAUUUAAUUUUGAGUAAAAAAUAAGUACAACAAAAAAAACGGCAUAUUUACAUAUAUUGUAUUAUUUCUAAAUUGGAUUAAAAUAUUUUAAGAUUGAAUUAAAAACGUUUUAAUUAACAAUAUAUAGAACCAUAUUUGCCGUCUUUUGCAGUGUAGCUUUUAUUUUCCAACUUAUAAUUGAUUUACUCAUUCAUGCAUACUUUGCAUGUAUAUUCAUUUUUUUAUACAGAAUUUGAUUUCAACUGUUAUUUUUAUAUUCAAGCUUUAAAUGACUUCUAUUCAUUUCUGUAUAAUCUAAUAUUUUUGGUACAAGUUUAAAAUCCAUUUAAUUUAAAUCUUGAGUUAUCAAUAGUAUAUAAACUCCAUGGGUUACAAAUAGUAAUUUAUCAAUCAAGUUUGAAAAGUCCGAACAAUUUUGUGUAUUUCACUUACGGAAACUGCGUGUAAAAAUGAUUUGAAAUAACUUAAAAGUCGAAUAAAUUUAUAGUAUAAAUUAAAUUUAUACAAACGCCGGUAAAAUAGAAAACUUGACUACUGAAAGGGACAAAUUGAAUAAUUAAUAAUAUGCGUGUGUAUGCAAAACUUUGAUUCGUUGCAACAAACGUAUAAGUAUGCUUGCUUAAUAUCACACAAGAAUGAAUAAAAAAAUAAAAUUAAAAAAAGGUUGCUACAAUGAGUGGAAGAAGUAUAAUACCAAGAUGAAACAGUGCAUUUGAAGUAUGAAAAACAUAGUAACGAAACAACUGCGUGAAUGCUUUUCUUUCAAAAUCAUGUUGUGUCAAAAGCAAAAAAAAUGUCCUGGGUAUUUCUUGUCACGCUGCAAAUUGUACUGUACUAGAAAUAUUUAUAUUUGAAACAAAAUAAUAAAGAAAUCAGCAGCAAAGUGAACGACAAGUGGAGUUUAUUAAUUUAACAAAGUGAUAUAGAAAAUAUUGCAAAUGAGUCUUAAUGGAAA